AUUUCCGAUUUUUUUGGCGUGUCGCGUGCUAAAAGUAAAAAAAAAAUUUUUUAAAAAUUAAAAAUGUUACAAAAUCACGAUCGUCCUGCGCAUCCGUUCACCACGGUGAGUCGCACGAUGAAACUUCGAAAUAAAUAUUCCGGCAAAUCGUGUCAGUUGUUCUACAAGUCAAAUCCGUUGAAAAUUGUCGCGGGACGUGGUUGUAAGAUGUACAAUGAGCGCGGCGACGAGUAUUUGGAUUGUAUUAAUAACGUGGCGCACGUUGGGCAUUGUCAUCCGGAUGUCGUUGAAAAAGCUUACAAACAAAUGUCACUUAUUUCCACGAAUAAUCGCUUUUUGCACGACGAACUCAUCAAAUUUGCUUCUCGGGUCUCGCAUUUGCUUCCAGAGGACUUGACGGUGACAUUUUUCGUCAAUUCCGGAUCCGAAGCUAACGACUUGGCACUUCGUUUGGCGAAUUCUCACACAAAUUCCAAAGGAGUUGUUACCUUAAAUCACGCCUAUCAUGGUCAUUUAACGUCGCUGAUGGAAAUUUCGCCUUACAAAUUCACUCCGGAUAAAUUUCAAAACGAAAGUUAUGUUCAAGUGUUGGAUUGCCCGGAUACCUAUCGUGGUUGUUAUACAUUCCAUAAUUACUCGAAUCGAUUAGCAGCGAAGCUUUAUGCACGAAAAGCUGCGAAAGUUGUGAAAAAGUUGAAGGAAUCGGAAUAUGGGUUGAAUGCUUUUAUUGCGGAAACGUAUCAAAGCUGCGGAGGUCAAGUAAUUCCUCCGCGGAAGUAUUUUGAGUUGAUUCACAAGUUGGUGAAAGAUAACGGAGGUGUUACAAUUGCCGAUGAAGUUCAAUGUGGCUUUGGAAGAAUCGGAACUCACUUUACCGCCAUCGAGAAAAUGCGAGGCAAGCCAGAUAUCGUCACAUUAGCAAAAGCAAUCGGAAACGGGCAUCCAGUUGGUAUCGUUAUUACCACAGAUGCGAUCGCUACAAGUUUUUACAACACGGGUGUCUCUUAUUUCAACACGUACGGCGGAAAUCCCGUAUCUUGCGGCAUCCUUAACGCCGUUUUUGAUGUCUUUGAAAAGGAGCGUUUGCAACUGAAUGCCUUCCAAACAGGUCUUUAUAUCGUCAAACGAUUGCGCAAGAUGAAGCCUCACUAUAAUUUCAUCGGCGACAUCAGAGGAGAAGGAUUAUUUGUCGGAUGUGAGUUGAUUCAAGACAAAAAAACGCGAAAACCGGCAAAGGGAAUGGCAAUUUGGGUUGUUAAUUACAUGAAAAAUGUUCACAAGACGUUAAUUAGUGUUGAUGGGCCGUACGAGAAUGUGCUGAAGUUUAAGCCGCCAGUCGUUUUUAACGUCGAGGAUGCAAAGAGACUGCUAAAAGCGCUUGAAAUGACUUUUGAUGAGUUGAAACAUCCGAAUAGUGAAGAUGUCGUUUAUAUUUAAA